UGCAAAAUCUUUGUACACGUGUCCUCAUCCCCCGAUCCCCACUAUUCUCUGCCAUGUGUUUCCUUUUCCCUCUCUCUCUCUCUUCUCCUUCCAUCCCCCCUGCUCUUGGUUGGUCCAUUUCCUUCUCUCCUGGGACUCUUCCAAAACCAAAACCAAAACCAAUCCUACCAUAACCCAAACUCUUUUUCUUUUGGCACAAAAAUGUUUAACAUCAUCAUCUGCAUUUUAAUGUAGAAACCAAGACAAAACCGCUUAAGCUUUCCCUUUUUCUUUCUUUUCCAGGACUGUAAAUGUUCUUUGGUAGUGUUUUUCAGCUUCAAAGGCAAAACCAGAGGAAAGUUUUGCAUUUUUACUCUGUUUUUGAGUUGUAAGUAGAGUUGUAAGUGUGAGUGUGACUUUUCUUUUUAGAUACAACCCCAAAACCAAAAGGGAAAAAAGAAAAGAAGAGAAAGACACUAUCUUUGUACCUGAAACAUAAGAGAACCUUCAUGUUGUAUUGUUAAGUUGUCCUGGUACGCCUUUGAUAUUAGAUUACUUAAAAAAGAAAGAGAAACCCAUAUUUUCUUAGCUCAAGAGGAGCCAAGAUAGCUGUAGAGAAACAAAAAUUUCUUUUGUUUUAUUUUUUGGAGAAGGUGAAGGAAAAGAAUGGCAGGGAACGAGUGGAUAAACGGGUACUUGGAAGCAAUAUUGGACAGUGGAGCAGCAGCUAUCGAGGAGCAAAAGCCAGCAACCGUGAGUUUGAGAGAGACAGGUCAUUUCAAUCCAACAAAGUACUUUGUUGAGGAGGUGGUGACAGGUGUUGAUGAAACUGAUCUACAUAGGACAUGGAUCAAGGUUGUCGCCACCCGGAAUACCAGGGAACGUAGCUCCAGACUUGAGAACAUGUGCUGGCGCAUUUGGCACCUCACCCGUAAAAAGAAGCAGUUGGAAUGGGAAGAACUGCAACGAUUGGCGAAGCGGAGAUGGGAACGGGAACAAGGGCGGAGGGAUGCCACUGAAGACUUGUCUGAGGACUUGUCAGAAGGAGAGAAGGGAGACGCUCUAGGCGAGUUGGUGCAAGCUGAGACCCCAAGAAAAACGUUCCAGAGAAACCUUUCCAACUUGGAAGUGUGGUCAGACGACAAACAGGAAAAGAAACUUUACAUUGUGCUUAUCAGUUUGCAUGGUUUAGUCCGUGGGGAAAACAUGGAGCUUGGCCGAGAUUCUGACACUGGCGGACAGGUCAAAUAUGUGGUAGAGCUUUCUAGGGCUCUUGCAAAGAUGCCAGGAGUGUACAGAGUAGAUCUUUUUACUAGGCAAAUCUCGUCACCUGAAGUUGAUUGGAGCUAUGGUGAGCCUACAGAGAUGCUAACAGCUGGUGCUGAAGAUGCAGACGGUAAUGAUGUUGGAGAGAGUAGUGGGGCAUACGUUAUAAGGAUUCCUUUUGGUCCGCGUGAUAAAUACCUUCGUAAAGAAUUACUGUGGCCCUAUAUUCAGGAAUUUGUAGAUGGCGCUCUGGCUCAUGUUCUAAAUAUGUCAAAAGUUCUUGGUGAGCAAAUUGGUGGGGGCCAUCCUGUGUGGCCAUAUGUUAUCCAUGGCCAUUAUGCUGAUGCAGGGGACAGUGCGGCUCUUCUUUCAGGUGCUUUAAAUGUCCCAAUGGUUCUAACAGGACACUCUCUUGGGAGAAACAAGCUUGAGCAGCUGCUUAAACAGGGACGGCAGUCCAAGGAAGACAUCAAUUCAACAUACAAGAUUAUGAGAAGAAUUGAGGCAGAAGAACUUUCUCUUGAUGCUGCAGAACUAGUUAUCACAAGUACCAAGCAGGAGAUUGAAGAGCAAUGGGGACUUUAUGACGGGUUUGAUGUCAAGCUUGAAAAAGUUUUACGAGCCCGUGCUAGACGUGGGGUAAACUGUCAUGGUCGAUAUAUGCCAAGGAUGGUGGUUAUUCCUCCUGGCAUGGACUUCAGCAAUGUUGUAGUUCAAGAAGAUGGCCCUGAGGUUGACGGAGAACUUGCAACACUUAUUGGUGGUUCUGAUGGGUCAUCUCCGAAGGCAAUUCCAGCAAUAUGGUCAGAAGUAAUGAGGUUUCUUACAAAUCCCCACAAACCAAUGAUCUUGGCCUUAUCCAGACCUGAUCCAAAGAAGAACAUAACCACUCUUGUGAAAGCAUUUGGGGAAUGUCGUCCUCUACGAGAGCUUGCUAAUCUUACACUUAUAAUGGGGAACAGGGAUGAUAUUGAUGAAAUGUCUGGUGGGAAUGCUAGUGUGCUUAUAACAGUAUUGAAACUUAUUGAUAAGUAUGACCUCUAUGGGCUGGUGGCUUAUCCAAAGCAUCACAAACAGUCUGACGUACCAGAUAUUUAUCGACUUGCAGCAAACACGAAGGGAGUUUUCAUAAAUCCUGCACUGGUUGAGCCUUUUGGACUUACGUUGAUAGAGGCAGCAGCACAUGGGCUUCCAAUGGUGGCUACCAGAAAUGGUGGACCAGUUGACAUCCAGCGGGCACUAAAUAAUGGCCUUCUUGUGGAUCCCCAUGAUCAGCAAGCAAUUGCUGAUGCCCUGCUUAAGUUGGUGUCGGAGAAAAACUUAUGGCAUGACUGCAGAAAGAAUGGUUGGAAGAAUAUACACCUAUAUUCGUGGCCUGAGCAUUGCCGCACUUACUUGACCAGGGUGGCAGCUUGUCGAAUGAGACAUCCUCAGUGGCAAACAGAUACACCGGGAGAUGAAAUCACUGCUGAAGAAUUGUCCUUCAAUGACUCACUUAAAGAUGUGCAAGACAUGUCCCUUAGGCUCUCGGUUGAUGGGGACAAAUCUUCACUAAAUGGAUCCCUCGAUCCUGUCACUGCAUCCAGUGGUGACCCUGAGCUGCAAGACCAAGUGAAACGAGUCCUAAGCAAGAUAAAGAAGCCGGAAACAAACUCAAAAGACACUGAAGGAGGGAAGCUUGAAAAUGUGGCAAGCAAGUAUCCAAUUUUGAGGAGGCGGCGUAGGUUGAUUGUUGUAGCACUUGAUUGCUAUGACAGCGAGGGGGUCCCUGAGAAGAAGAUUGUGCAAAUUGUACAAGAUAUACUUCAGGCUGUUCGACUAGAUAUUCAAACUGCAAGAGUCACAGGGCUUGCUAUAUCGACAGCUAUGCCAGUCUCAGAAACAAUAGAGUUCUUGAAAUCAGCAAAGGUUCAAGUAAACGAUUUUGAUGCUCUGAUCUGUAGCAGUGGCAGUGAAGUGUAUUACCCUGGAACUUACACAGAAGAAGAUGGAAAACUUUUUCCAGAUCCUGAUUAUGCAUCUCAUAUUGAUUAUCGUUGGGGCUACGAGGGUCUAAAGAAGACAAUUUGGAAGUUGAUGACCCCUGAAGAAGAAGAAAACUCUAAUCUUUAUCCUAGUCCCAUUGAGGAAGAUGUAAAAUCAAGCAAUGCCCACUGUGUUGCAUACUUUGUAAAGGAUCCCAGUAAGGCAAAGAGAGUGGACGAUUUGAGGCAGAAGCUCAGGAUGCGGGGUCUUCGUUGCCAUCCAAUGUAUUGCAGGAACUCAACUAGGAUGCAAGUCGUUCCUCUCCUUGCAUCUCGAGCACAGGCACUCAGGUACCUUUUUGUGCGUUGGAGAUUGAAUGUUGCAAACAUGUUUGUGAUUGCUGGUGAAAGUGGAGACACUGAUUAUGAAGAAUUGAUCUCCGGGGCUCAUAAGACUUUGAUCAUAAAGGAAAUCGUGGCAAAUGGUUCUGAAGGAUUGCUCAGAACAACUGACCUGAGAGAUGAUAUUGUUCCUGUUGAUAGCCCCCUGGUCACCUGUAUCAAAGGUGGAGCAACAGCAGAUGAGAUUGCCAAUGCUUUAAAAGCAUUAUCUAAAGCAAGUCUAUAAAAGCUGCUGCUAUAGAACAUGAGAUGGUAGUCUACAUUCCUUAUUCCACCGAAAUUUCUUCUCACAUCCCUUUAUUUUUUAAUGCUAUAGACUUUCAUAGGCAUCCUCACAUAUUUUCUGCCAGAUGUAGCUAGAUAAAAGUUUCAAAUGGUUCUGCUAUCAGGUUAUAUGUGCCAAUUGGUCUACAGUGACCACUACCAAUACCUUCUAUCUGAUGUAGAUAAAAUUCAACUACCAUUACUGAAGUUAUUUGCAGAUACGAAUAUCAAGGUGGAAGAAUCCAACUAUUAUUGUACAAUAAAAAGAUAAAAACAUAGGUGAUGAUGUUCUUUGAA